AUAACAUUUUUGGUGCUGAAAGGGAAAACAGCCUUGCUACUAACAUUUUUGACCGCCUAUAAAAUCCACCAACCACCAAAGAUUUCGGGUGAAAUUCUUUCCGUGUUGUGAGCUCCGUUGUCACUGUUGCCUCUGUUAUACCUACCGCGGUUCAAAUGGAAAGCGGAGGAAUGAGUAAGAACUCAACCCUAAUUUGUGUUCCUAUAAUGGGGGAAACAAUUGAAAAGAUGGUGGUGGACAUGAGUAAGGCAAAAACUAGUGGUGCAGACCUUGUGGAGGUCCGAUUAGAUACUUUGAAGCGCUUCAAUCCUCGCCAAGAUCUUGAAGUCCUAAUCAGAAAGUGUCCUUUACCUACUCUGUUCACUUACAGACCAAAAUGGGAAGGCGGCCAGUAUGAAGGUGAUGAAAACAGCCGAAGGGAUGCACUGCGAUUAGCGAUGGAACUGGGAGCUGAUUAUGUUGACAUUGAGCUUAAGGUUGCUCAUGAGUUCAUCAAUUCCAUACAUGGAAGGAAGCCUGAAAAGUUCAAAGUUAUUGUUUCAUCGCAUAACUAUCAAAAUACUCCAUCUGUUGAAGAUCUUGGCAACCUUGUGGUGAGUAUACAGGCAACUGGUGCUGACAUAGUGAAGAUUGCAACAACUGCCUUAGAGAUUACUGAUGUGGCACGCAUCUUUCAGAUAACUGUCCAUUCUCAAGUAAGCAGUGUUCCGGUAAUAGGACUGGUCAUGGGUGAGAGGGGUUUGAUUUCACGGAUACUUUGCCCCAAAUUCAGUGGAUAUCUCACUUUUGGUUCACUGGAGCCCGGAAUAGUAUCAGCUCCUGGGCAACCGACAAUCAAAGAUCUCCUCAAUUUAUACAAUUUCAGGCAGUUAGGGCCUGAUACUAAAGUAUUUGGAGUUAUUGGGAAGCCUGUUAGUCACAGCAAAUCACCUCAUUUAUACAAUGAAGCAUUCAAAUCAGUUGGUUUUAAUGGAGUUUAUGUGCAUUUAUUGGUGGAUGACAUUGCAAAAUUUUUUCACACUUACUCAGCCGCUGAUUUUGCUGGUUUCAGUUGUACGAUUCCUCACAAGGAGGCUGCACUUAAGUGCUGUGAUGAGGUCAGUCCAGUUGCAAAGUCAAUAGGAGCUGUUAAUUGCAUUAUCAGGAGACCAAGUGAUGGAAAGUUAUUUGGCUACAAUACUGACUAUGUUGGUGCUAUUUCUGCUAUAGAGGAUGGACUAAGAGAUUUACAUAAAAUUAGCAGUACAAGUGGUUCCCCCUUAGCUGGUAAACUGUUUGUAGUCAUUGGUGCUGGUGGUGCUGGAAAGGCACUAGCAUAUGGUGCAAAAGAAAAGGGCGCAAGAGUUGUGAUUGCCAAUCGCACUUAUGCACGAGCAAGAGAACUUGCAGAUGCAGUUGGAGGGGAUGCUUUAUCUCUUGCUGACUUGAAUAAUUUUCAUCCGGAGAAUGGUAUGAUCCUUGCAAAUACAACAUCUAUAGGAAUGCAGCCAAAGGUUGAUGAAACACCCAUUUCUAAGCAUGCUCUGAAAUAUUACUCCCUUGUUUUCGAUGCCAUUUAUACUCCCAAAAUAACCAGACUAUUGCGGGAAGCACAAGAGUCCGGAGCCACAAUUGUUACCGGGCUGGAGAUGUUCAUUGGGCAGGCAUAUGAGCAGUUUGAGAGGUUCACAGGAUUGCCUGCACCAAAGGAACUAUUUAAGCAAUUCAUAUCAAAUUUGCAAUAAACGAGGCCAUUUUUGGCUUAUCUCUGGUGCGGAUCUUAUACAGAGCUGUCCUGUUGAGAGCUGUAAAGCCCGUUAUUGUAUUGUCGUACUAUUACUCAUUCUCAAUGUUAGAACUGGAUUUUUAUUUCUCUAA